AAAAUGCUAAAUUCACAAAGCUUUUUAUUUCUGGUUCUCAGGAGGAUAUGCAGAGGAAGAGUUAGCUCUUUUCACACAUACAGUCUUGACUCGUCUGUAUAAAUAUGACGCUAGAUGUGUAAAUAUGACGCUAGAUAUGUAAAUAUGACGCUAGAUGGAAAUCUUAGACCGCUGCGCCUCGCUCGAGACCUUUCCAUUCAUCAGCUAAUGCGCGUCUCGUGUGUAUAAGAGCAAAAACUUCCGCUUGGCUAGUAAUGUUAGACGACCUACAUUUGUACCACCCACUUCCUCCUUUCUCUUUCCAUCUCGAGUUUAAUCAUCGUCGUGGAAUUCCUGUGAAUUACCGCAAUAUUCGCAACAGAGCGGGUCCUCCAUUCAGUCAGAAGAACAGCUCUCUUGAGUUUUUGUCCUCGUCGGAGUCGUUUUGGAGCACAAUGUCGGGCCUGUUCCACACCAUCAGUCAGAUCAUCGAUGAGCUCAGCACCGAUGAGUGCAAGCGGAUCUCUUACCUGUGCGGCGCUCUUGAUAUGGACACGUUCUCUACAGAUCCCAGAGGCAUGCUGCAGUCUGUGCUGUGCCAGAUGAGGAUGGAUUACGUGUUUCUCAUGGAGCUCAUCCUGAAAAUAAAACGCUAUGAUCUGCUGCGAGAAGUGCUGAGCACCAACAAGAGCACGGUUGAGGGACUGCUCAAAAAUGGCCAUUCUGUGUCAGAAUACAGGUGCUGAUGGCCGAUGUUAGUGAGGACAUGGACACAGAAAACCUGAAGUCACUGACAUUCUUACUCAGAGGCACUUUACCGAAACACAAACUGGAAAAUGUCCAGAGUUUUUUAGACAUUGUAGUGGAGCUGGAGAAACUCGACCAGCUCUCCAGUGAGAAGAUGGACUUGAUCGAACACUGCCUGAGGUCCAUCCACAGGGUCGACCUCGCUAAAAAGAUCAGUCACUACCAGCAGACAGUGCUAAUGACCAAACAAGGAUCUUCACCUCCAGACAGGCUGAAGUUCUGCUCAGUGCCAUCGACGAAUAGCUCAUUCAGUGUCUCAUCGGCUUCCUGUUACGUCAGGCCAGUUCCCAAAUUCUUUGAUAAACCGACCGCAGUGAAGAAGAAACUGCUUGGCACUAGCUCUUAUUGUCAGCAGGAGGAAGUGUACAGUAUGCAGAGUGAUCCCAGAGGACUGUGUUUAAUCAUAGACUGCGUCGGCACUGAAGGAGAUGAGCUGGAGCAGACAUUUAAGGCCUUACACUUCCGUGUGAUCACGCACAAGCUGCUGAGUGUGAGAGACGUGCAGUCCACUCUGAGGGAAGUGGCCCAUCAGCAGGGUCACUAUAGAGCGUCUGCUUUUGUCUGCUGCGUUAUCAGCCGAAGCCGCUCAUCAGAUCUGCUGGCCACCGACUCUCACGGUCCAGGACUGAACCUGGACACUGUCAGGCGCCUCUUCACCUCAGACUCCUGCCCGGGCCUGGCAGGCAAGCCUAAACUCUUCUUUAUCCAGAGCUAUGAUGUGUCCGAGCCUCAGAGGUGUGCGGGGUGUAUGGGGUGUGAAGAUGAGGAGGCUGGAGAGCUGGAGACAGACGCGCCUGUGCUCUUAUGCUGCAAGAGGACUGUCCCGGUGGAUGCAGACAUCUUCUGGAGUCACUGCUGGACUCGAGUUAAACAGCUGGAGGUGCCAAACCAUCAGUCUGUGUACCUGAAAGCCUUGAGAACCUCCUUAACUGAGGGACAGAAAAGGAGGACUCAUUUGAUAGACUUGCACAUGGCGGUGAAUCGUGCAGUAUAUGAACACAAUCACACAUCUCCAGAAUCCUCUUACUUUUUAAAUCUGAGACACACUCUCAGGAAGACAGUCUAUUUGUCUUGAUCCUGUCACGAACCCUUACGUUUAAGUGAAGGUAGAUGGUUAUUCAAGAACAUGAUGUUUGAGUAGGCGAUCAUCAUAAUGAUGUCUCUAUGAAUUGUAUCAAUUAUGAUUUGUAGUGUUUCAGUAAAUAAAUCUCAGGUUUUGUUAUUGUAGUUUCCUAUAUUGGCCGCAUGUUGGCAGUGUUGUCCAGUGUUGGCAGUGAACUUCACCACCACGUGUUAAACUUGCUUUUAAAACAUCUGAACCAAUUGCCCUUAAUAAAACCAAUAAUUUAAGUCAUUUAAUUUAAUUGAAUAAAUUGGUAAAAGAAAGUUCCAAUCAAUAUUGAACUAUUUGAAUACUGAUAGCUUCAGACAGCCAGAGUCACAGAAAACUGUAUCACGCAUCAAAAUGACAUUAUAACCUAAAGGGAGACCUGGGAUUUCAUCUACUGAGAUGCAGGUUUUAACACCGUUUAUCAUUCUAUUCUGUUUAUCAUAAGAUUUUAUAUGCAUGCUUAUUGGCAUAAUGUGUGCUUAUGUCUUGAACACGUGUAAACAACGACUCAGCAUUGAAUAACUACCAAGCUUUACCAAAGUGUUAUAAAAAAAAAUCCUGUAACUUUAUUUGACUUUUUAUGUGUGUUUCCAACUUCUUGCUAUAUUAGCAAAGAUGUGCAUUUUAAAAGAAGAAAAAAAGUCAACCCUGUUACUCUCAUAACUGACAUUAAAUCCAUUCAAAAACAUUAAGAUGCAAACUCCUCGAAGCCAAGUAUUGUUUUUUUCUCAUGUUUUCAAUUUGACAUUCAACCCUGUUACCUUGGUUUUUGUCAGGAGCUGAUUAUUGAAAAGUGGAUAUUUGUAUUAUCAGCUUGUUCUUUCUAAUAAAACCCAUGUGUCAUGACCUUGA